AUGCACGCGCAGCUCGCGUGCGCGCUGCUCGGGACGUGCGGGUGGCAAGGGACGGGCUACCUCGCGGGAGUGGCGGCGAUGUCGUGCUUCGGGUUGGUGGCCAUCGAAACCGGCAAGAGUGGGCUGCUGAAGUACACGGCGGCGAGCUGCUGGUACACGCUCUGGCUCGACAUCAUAUGGAUGGCGUCGUACGCGACGGAUAACAUCAACAAAAACAACAACUGGAACUCUGGACAUAGGCGAGGGAACGAGCUUUGCGUCGGGAUGGUCGUGUUGAUUUUCAUGCUCAGGUUCCCGCAGUUUUUCGUGUGGCAAAAGCUGUGGCACUUAGGAUUCAAGGCGAGUGGCGGUGCCGGGGCUCAACCCUCGAGAUACGUCGACUUCGCCACGAACCCGGUGGCGCGAGGUCAAGAGAUGGGUUCGCCGAGGCCUCAAGGCGACGCGUUCGCGCAACCGCCUCGAGCGACGACAGCGACGCCGUCGUCCGCCCUCGCGACGGCCCCGGUGUCGCCCUCGCCCGCGCCGCCCGCCCCCGUGGUGAGCGCGCCUUCACCGCCGGCCCCAAUCUCCGCCCCGGCCGUCGUCUCGUUCACUCCGAGUGGACCUGGCAACGUGUAG